UAAAUGAAAAUAGACUUUUAUUUGUAGUUAUAUAGCACAAAUAUUUCAUUUUCUUGUCGUCCACUUUCAUGCAGAGUAAUUAUUACAACAGUUUUAAUAAAACAUAUGUUUUUUUUAUAGUCAUCCAUACUUCUGAUUUGUAUAGGUUCUAGUGACAAUCAGACUAGAAUAGAAUGUUUGUGUGAAAUUUUAAUCUUUAAAAAAAAAAAUAUUAUUAGUUGGUUUUUAAUCGGGUAUAAAAGCUUACUUAAUGGAUAUACAUAGAAGCUGAUUAUAUCCAGAGAAGUUACUUCAGGAUUUAUAGAUAAAGUUUUAAACUCCUAUUUAUUCAAUUCCUCUUACUUGGAGAUAAUCUUCGAACCAUGAAUGACUAUAAUUUAGACAGUAUGGAUAGUGGAUUAGGUUCAUCCCCUGACAGUGAUCCACUGUCAGGUGAAAUGGGCGAAAUUUCAAUCAGUGAUCAGGACUAUAACAGAAUUCAGUACCUGUCUCGUUCUUACAUCGAAAUGCCUCAGACUGGUGAAGUUAAUUAUAUAUCUACAAUUAUUGGAGUCUGUGGUAAUCCAGUAUACAAAGGGAAAGGAUUAUGGGUACCAAAGUCUGAUAGGAACUCCUCAGCUACUGUUAAAGUGGACAAAGAUGACAUAAGGGCUAAAAGGCAUUAUGUUAAAACAUUGCAUAAAGAUGGAAGGGAAGUUAAGAUUUGGGAAUGUGGUCUAUGUGGAAAAGAAUUUAGAUUUCAGUAUACUUUAGUCCGACACAUACCAACUCAUACAGAUGUACGGAAUUACCAAUGUGAUAUUUGCCCUAAAGCAUUCAGACAGCUAAGUACACUAGCUCAGCACAAAGCUACCCACUGGAAUAUGAGACCAUUUUCUUGUGAUUUUUGUCAGAAAUCAUUCAAUAGAAUAUCCACCCUUAUAUCUCACAAAAAGAUACAUUAUGAUGAAAAGAAACAUGUUUGUCCAUUUUGUGGAAAAGGUUUCCAUCAAAAAGGUAAUUUGAGAAAUCAUAUGUAUACGCAUACCAAUGAGAGACCUUAUAAAUGUGAAAUAUGUAACAAAGGAUUUAAUCAGAAGUCAAAUUUAGUAUGUCAUAAGAUUUCAACACAUUCCAGAAAAGAUCACUAUCAAUGCGAUUUAUGCAAUAUUAGCUUUGGAAAACAAAAUCUUUAUUCUUGUCAUAUGGAAUCUAUCCAUAAUAUUACUAUUGCUCUUCCAAAGAAACAAAUUUCAAAUUUAUGGGAAAAUAUGAAAACUGAGCCUCAAUGUGCCAUUGUUGAUGAAUCAAAUAAUAUUUUAUAUUCAUUGCCGAUAUCUUAUGAAAAGAAACAAAAAGGCUCUUUGCAGGAAGAGGAUAGUAGUAACAUCACUUUCUGCGAUCCUUAUAAGAAAAAAGGAGACGACGUCAUAGCUGUCAUUAAUGAAGAGCCAACCCUCGCGAUGGUAAAUUUAUACAAAAAUAGAGAAGUUCCAUUUGUUUUGUUCUACGAGUCGAUAGAUGCUCAGCCUAAAAUAUGUAAAGUCAUAAUUCAAGGAGACAUAUAUAUGUUAGUUAACCCAACCAAUACAGACCUCGCCAAGUAUCUUGUUGCUGGUGAAAAUUCUAAUCAACCGAAGUUUCCGGUUGUGGCAAGUAUCAUACAAAAAAAGGACAGUUCCGGAAGACCUCAAGUUGUCGUUUUACCUUCGAACUAUUCUAGCAAUAAUACAGACAAUGGUGAAUACAAUAAUAUGUAUUCAGAAAGAGAUAUGGAAGAUUCGAAUGAUCGAAUCACCCUUCACAGUGAAGAAGGAGAAUCUUGUAUCGCUGAUAAUGAAGUAGUCAUUGUGCCCAAAAAUCCUUUGACUUUCCCUGUUCAAGAAGUCAAUGGAAAGAAAAAAGGGGAAGCUGCUAUCAUUUAUACAAAAACACAACCAAACAUCAGACCUUUGAAAACUAAAAAAGCUGUCGAUGCCUGCUCUUCUGAGACAGUUGCUACUGCAAAUGAACUUAUGAUUAAUAGCGAAUAUACCUCCUCUUCUGAAAUUUCAAAUGAAAGAGAUGAUACAAUAUUGAUUUAUGUCCCAAUGGAUAAAAAUAAUGACAGCAAUCCUAAACAUAAUUUGACCAUCAAUAAUAAAUCGAAACAGGCAACCGACUUUGAUACAACUCCUUUUUCCGUCGAAAAUAUGUGUUUUGAGAUAAAUAAUAACAUUCCAUCAUCCAGCUCAAACUUAAACAAGGGACCAGAAAUUUAUUUGGAACCAGGAGUUUCCGAUUUUAAAAAUUUCAGAUCUUACAGAGGCGGUGAUUCUUCGCGCGAAACCUCUUUAUUUCCCGAAUUUCCGAUGAAUUUAUGUGAUAAAAUCAUUAAAUCAGAAAUAAGCUGCAAAGAAGAAAAGUCAUUUGAAAUUGAAGUCGUCAACGGAACAAAACAAUCAUUUAAUAUUAAAAAAGAAGCAGAAACUACUGAGAUUCUAUCAAUGGAUGAUUCAUGCAACGAUAUUGAGCCAACACUCUUCAUCAAUUCAGAAAACUUGGAGAAAGAACCAUUAUCAAAAUUCAACUUGGACUUUGAUGGUGAAACUUUUGAUAUUUUAGAUGACUACAGUUUCACCGAUUCAUUUUUAGAAAAUGCUGUAAAUAAUGGUGAAAGUACCUCUAUUGUUGAUACCUUUAAUCCAUCUUCCCCAGCAUCCUUCAUAUUUAGCUCCUUAUAAAGAUCCUAUUCACAUUUGUAUUUUUUUAAAAAAAUAUUUCAUGUUUUCACAAUAUUUUAAUGUAAAUAAAACACAAUUCAUUUUAUGUUAUAAAUUAAUUAAUAACUGUUUGUCUUUAUUUAUUUAUAGAAUAAAUUUUGUUUUGUAAUUUAA